UUUGAGUAUCCCUAUGAUCCAGAUGGAGAUUUUGUCUUGGGGUUCAGCCAGUAGUGAGGCUUCCCAGGGCAGAUUGCCUUUGGGGAGGGAUCAGACUAAGAGCGAUUCAAGGUUUUCAAUGAAGGACUACCAAAGGGAUCAGGUAUUUCUAGGGGACAGACAGUUAUGCCAUGUCUGGUUUUGCAGGACGUUUCUCCCUAUAAAAAGUAGCAGAAUGUGAGGCACCUAAGGUCACGUGGGGACUUUGGUCUAAUUGGACCAGGGGCUUCCGUUCCACAUGGCCAACGUGUGAGCAGUGUGAGACAAGUGGAGAUUUGAGACAGACGCACUGGUGUGGAAGGUUCUGGUUCAAUACUUGGAGAGGAGCUGCUCACCACACUUGAAGGAGGUCCACACCUUGGAGCAGUCGCCUACACCUGAAGGGGCCAGUGAGAAAUGGGAGUGGUCUGAGGCCAAGUGGCCAGCCCUACUCAGGAGAACCACAUAUAAAAUGAACAGACGAGAUUCAAGCUUACUCAGUCAGGAACAUGUCGCUUAACAAAUUGCACUUUGUUGCUCUGUUUGUCGGGAUUUGGCUUCUUCCGAAAGCCAACACCCUGGAAUGUUACAAGUGUGUACCGGAAACAUCUGGAGCCUGCACUACCAAAGCUACAUGUCCCUCAGAAGAUAAUCAAUGUGCAGCAGUGAAAAUAAUAAAGUACACAGGUGGUUCUGUAUCCAAUGAGACCAACUCUAAACAAUGCUUUCAACCCGGAGAUUGUGUUGGAGGCUCAAUCAACUUUGGAUCUGAGAAAACUGUUAUUCUGAGCGAGUGCUGCACCUCAGCUCAAUGCAACACCAAAUCUGCCUCUGGGCCUAAGUAUAAUCCAAAUGGUAAAAAGUGCUUCAGCUGUGAAGGUCAACAGUGCGUUAGAACUGAAAUCUGUAAGAAUGAUGAGGACUAUUGCAUCAAAUCAACAAGGUCAAGUCAAACCUUGAAGGGCUGUGCCUCCAAGAUGAUGUGCCCAGAAUACGCAUCAGAGUAUUUUAGACCUUACAUCCCAGCAGGAAGCAAAUGCUGCCAGGGAGACUUCUGCAACAACGCCAGCGAUGCAAGUGCUGGCCUGUUGCUGUUGUUUGUGUCACUGAUGUUUUUGGUCUUGUUUUCUUAGAAGACAGACAAACUUACUUCAACACAAAGCUUUAUACUGCAAGUUAUUUUCAAUAUUUCUGUUGUGGAAUAAAUCUCAAUCUGUGUUUGUCUUUUUCUCAAGCUGAAAAGUGGAUUGUCAUUAUCUAAAAUUCUACAACUUUAAGAGUAAAAGCAGGAAUGAAAUGAACAAACAUUCCUCAUUCAGUUGCCUAAUAGAGGAUCUCUUGUCAUUUGUAAUGUUAAAAACUUUUUUGAGUUAUUAAAAUGAGAAAAUAAA